AUGGUCUGGGGGUUUGCAUUUUGUUUGGCGAUCACUACAAACGCAGUGAGCCCCAAGUCUUUGAACUCGGAUAUUUCCAUUCUCAUCCACAAUGACCUGCUAGAAACCGAAAGUCCUUUAUCAGGUUCAGGAAUUCUGGUGCUCGAUGCGAGACCACGGCAACAAGCCAUUGAAAGCUGUCAAAAUAUUGGAGAGACUCUGUGGGGGGCUGAUUCCAGUUACAGAAAUAUUCGAAAUAACUUGGACUACCUUGUAUUCCAAGGCAAAUACACUCGCAACCAACGUUUUUGGACUGCCUCCGACCAUCGCAAACUGUCGACCAUCGACACAAAUGGUCGGGUCAAUAAAGGCUCUGCAAACGAAAAACUGCCUGUUCUUUGUACACAAAGUGCUCCUUUAUCCAACAGUACAUAUCAGGAUACAAGUGCUCAGUGGCAGGUGACUGUCCAUUCCAACAACGAAUAUCUCACUGGAUUCCGGGACCGAUUCAGUUUCCGCUUUCUGGGAAUUCGCUAUGCUAAGCAGCCCCGACGAUGGGAUUACUCCCAAGUAUACAAAGGGACCGGUGAAAAAGCUUCUGCUCUCGACUAUGGCUCUGACUGCAUACAAGGCGCAACUGGUUCAGAAGACUGCUUGUUCCUCAAUAUUUGGACUCCCUACAUUCCCAAGAGCAACAAAAUCCAAAAGAGCCAUCUCAAACCUGUGGUGCUUUGGAUCCACGGCGGAGCUUUCACUGGCGGUACUGGCAGUGACCCGACAUUCGACGGCGGCAAUCUGGCCUCGAGGGGUGAUCUUGUCGUCGUCACAAUAAACUACCGUCUGGGAACAUUGGGGUUCCUCGCACUGAAUGAUGGCAAAACCAACGGGAACUACGGAUUGGCAGACCAGACCACGGCGCUGGAGUGGGUUCGUCGAAAUAUCCAGGACUUUGGCGGAGAUCCAGACAGAGUAACCAUCUUCGGCCAAUCGGCUGGUGCAGCCUCAGUGCGGGCACUACUUGCUUCUACUACCGCACGAGGUAAAUUUGCUGGUGCAAUCAUGCAGAGCAAUCUUGGUGGCUUGGCUUAUGGCACAACCUACUCGAAGUACUACACCAUCGCGCAGGCGAUGGACGUUGUGGGAAAUGCUAUUCUCAACGAGACAAACUGCACAUAUGCUACUUCACCAGUCGAGUGUUUGAGACAACUCCCAGUGUCGACAAUUGCAAAUCUCGCUGACUCGGCGCGGUAUCUGGUUGUCGAUGGCGUCUACCUGCGAAGCCCCGAGCUGGAUUUAAUAAACCCAGAAUCCACUGCCAAUGUGCCUUUGAUGAUCGGUACGAUGAGAGACGAUGGAGCUGCCAUGAUUGGCUAUCCUGCAGUGGGAGAAACUCUGAGAUCAUUCCUCAAUGAAUCCGCCCUGCCUGACUCAGUUGCACCAAGCCAACUCUUCCCCGUACCAUCAGCCGCUAAUGCUACCCUCGAUAUCUUCAACGUCUCCUCUCGCAUAGCCACAGAUGGAAUGUUCCGCUGCAUCGACGAAGCGACUGCACAUACAGCCUCAAGGACACAUAUAUCCCCUGAUGUAUACUACUACGAGUUUAACCGUUCAUACCAAAUGCCCGGCUGGUCACCCAAUGCCCCAGUGUGCAACGCUCCCAUCACAGAUGAGUUCCCCAAUGGUGACCCCAGCCAGGAGUACUUUAAAUGUCAUUCUGGCGAGCUGUUCUACGUGUUUGGAAGUUUCCGUCGUCAGGGUUUGCCGUUCCGGGAUCAGUUCGAUCUACCUUUUGGGCAGUAUGUGCUGGAUUCUUGGGCGAGUUUUGCGAGAGUGGCUAGGCCUACGCCUGACUUGGCCUUUUUGAGGGCAAGAGGAUAUGAUAAUACAACUCGGGAGAUUGAAGCGACUGGGUUGUGGGAGCCGUUUGGUAAAGAAAAUCAGCUUCGGCUGCUUCAGUGGCCGUCCGGGAUGAGGGGUUUGGAUGAACUGGAACAAUGCCGUGCGCUGAAAUUGUCUUUGGAUUACUUCGACUCUUAG